AUGGCGGACGUGACAGUGCUGAGAUGCUGGCCAGCCUGCGUCGAUGCAAUCGAUUGGUCUUCCGACGGCAUCAUUGCAUUAGCGUCGGAUGAGCGCGUAGAGCUGCUUUUUCCGAACACCGUCGACUUCGAGCGAGACCAAGUUUUGCCGCAAUGGCAGCAUGUACCUCUCAAGGUACCCUUGUUCUCGACCGAUGAGCUCCCACUCAAAGAACCUGCACCGACAUCUAACUACUCCGUCGGCGAAGAGAUCUCUAAUAGCGCUCCCAUCAGCAUCGCGUGGUCGCCGCCCGGUAUUGCUAAACAUCGAAAGUGCGCGCUUGCUGCUCUUACCGCAAACCUGACGCUUUCCCUCUGGUCAGCAGCAGAAGGCAAGCCAGAAGAAGAGACAAGUUGGACGCGACGAUUGAUCAUCAACGAUGCGCUCGUUGACCACUUCGGAGACUGGGACGACGAACCUAGCCACGUGGCACACGACUCUAAGGAGCGACUGCGGUCGAGAGGCCGCAUUCGAGCGUUCGCCUGGGCACCCGCUCUGCCUUGCCCCGGACCGGCUGGUGUUGUCGGUACUCACUUGGUAUACGGCCCGCACAUGCUAGUUGUCUCUGAUGACGAUAACCACCUCGUGUUUCUCAAGAUUGAAUCGCCCACGUCCUCCCUAGGAGCUGAGCCAGACUGGAGGGCAGACGUUCCAACUGCUAUCCUCGAGCAGACUCCUGAUGGGCUCAAAAGCCUUGAUGCCCCAGAAUGGCGGGAGAGAAUCGGAAAUAACCUGGCACUGUUUAGUGCAAAGAACGAACUCAAAGGCAACAGCAGGGCCAAGGUAUGGGGCCUCACGAGAUCUCCGCUAGGCGACUUCAUUGCGGCAUGCAACAGCGUACAUCCUUCCGAUAUGAUCGAGUACGGUAUUCCGGCUGACCGUAGUGGCGCCGUGGCUAUCAGCUCUUUGCGACCUGGCAGCCGUUCACUAGACAUCUUUCCAAAAGAGAACGUAACCGCAGAAGGGAUAGUGUACAGUCUUAAGAAGUUGGCAGAAGAAGUUGUCGAGGACCCUGACGACAUACCUGCAUUCGCGGAUGAGAUGGUUGCAAAGUUAGUCGAGACUUACACAGGUCCUCCUGUUAGUGAGAUGAGCGCGACCACAUCAGUAGCGUACUCCGAUGUCAACGAUCUUGAUUCGUUGAUCAAGGGAUUCAAGUCGAAUGCUUUCCUUGAAUCACCUACACUGAAGGAUCGCUAUACUAUCCUCGUGUCUGAAGCCUACAAGACGCAGAUCAAUAAAGAGCUACCGAAGACUCUGAUCGCGUAUCGUCUCGCUGUGGCCUUGCAACAACUUCCUUCAUCGCUGUCGCAUACGCCUUUCAGUGCAGAAAUUCGCACGCAUCACAAACAACUCGUCACACUCAUCAACAUGGUCAUGGGCUAUGACGAUACAUCCAGGUCCUUGCCCGCAGACAAAAGUUCGGAGCAGGACAGCGCACCAACAGCCGGCACCGGUACGCAUGGCAACAGCGUUUCGACGAAUCAAGGUUCAGCAGUCCCAGUAGCAGAUACUUGCGAUUUCUGCUCCGCAUUUAUACCGUUCGCAGACCCCCGAUCAGCAACUUGCACCAACGGACAUGUGUUCCCUCGAUGUGGCCUUACUUUUCUGGCUAUUCAAGCGCCCGGCAUCACGAAGUACUGCGGUAUAUGCAGCACCCCAUUUCUAAGCGACGAGUUCAUCAUGGCCCAAGAAGACGUGGAACAUAACAAAAGCGUCGACACUGGAGAUAACACAGUCAUGAGAGGCGUGGCAGGAGACGACGAGGUAUCAGAGAGAGGGGAGGGGAGCAGUGAUCAAAUGAACAAGGCGAAUGAAGAGGGUUCUAGCGACCAGGAAGGAGACGAGCAAGCCAUGGUUGUCGACCAAGAAAGCAACGAUUCCGACGAUGGAGAUGAUGUAUACGAACGAAGGGAACUUCCCGUCACUCUGGCACGGAUCCUGUUUCUUGCUUGCGAUGCCUGCAUAUACUGCGGUGGCAAAUUCAUUGGUUGA